AUGACAUUUACAAAUGCCCCAGUCACCAGGCUGUUGGUCCUCGGGCUCGUUUCGGCCUCCAUAGGUGCCAGCAUGCUCGAUGUCAAGCACUACUUCUACAUCUCCAUCGACACCCAUCUGUGGAAGUAUAAACAGUUUUGGAGACUACUAGCCUAUCAACUAUGUUAUACAAACUCGACCGAAGUGCUGUUUGCAGCCAUGUCAUUAUACAACCUACGAGUUGUUGAACGCAUGUGGGGGUCGAGGAAAUACGCCUCAUUCCUCGUCGUGUCGUCUCUCUUCACCGCCGUCAUCCCUCCCCUGAUACUAGUUGUGUUACGACCAUUGUCAGCGGGAUAUUUCAACUACAUGCCCGCGGGCCCGACUCCCAUCGUCUUUGCCAUUCUCGCCCAAUACCACGCCAUGGUGCCUCAUGUGUACAAAUACCGAGUGGCAACGUCACAAAACACCCAAACAAACGACUCGUCCGGUGUGACCUUGUCGGAUAAAUCAUACCAAUACGCCAUUGCUCUGCAUCUAUCCUUAUUACAGUGGCCCGGCUCGGUGUUAGGCGCCUUUGUUGGCUGGGCGGUGGGCAAUGCUUGGCGAGGGGGUUUGAUACCGGCCUCCUUUGUGACGUGGCGACUGCCAGGCUGGAUGGUGGGACUCCGCUCUCACAGACGUAGUGCCGAGUUUGAAGGUUUGCGAAGACGGUUGGAAGGGGAGAACGGUCCACCUACAGGUGUGUCGUCGGGUGUUCAGGAUGCGGGUGGUCAGCAGGCUGAACGAAGACGAACGAUGGGGCAGCAGAUUGUUGAUCAGUUCCGAGAGGCAUUGUGA